AUGUCAUCCUUCAACAGUGGCAACGGGAUCGACACGUCUGCGAUGGAUCUCGCUGCUCUCUCUUCGCAGCUGUCAGCAUCGCGCGCAGCAGUGGCUGACAGGAUCAUGGCCCAAAUGCAAGCAGCAAGCUUGGCCAGUUCGGCCCUUGAGCAGCCCAGCAAAAAGCGCAAGAAGGACUCCGAAACUUCCAGCAGCGGACCACGCCCUCCCACUUUGGGACUUGGAGCCGCGCUGCCUCCAGCUGGCACUUCAGCGUUGGGGGCAGGCCCCAAUCGAUCGGACAACAGGCUCAAAGGUGCUUUGACUGGUGGUGCUCGAGCUAGAGGGGCAAAAAGAGAUCGAGAGGCACAAUUGGCGGAAGACCGCAGGGCUGCUGAUGAAGCACGAAAAGCACAAGAGAAGCAGGAGGAAGAGGAGCGCACAGAUGGAAGGAGCGCCAAUGUCAAGAAGCGCAAAGAUCGUCAAGAUCCGUUUGCACAAAUCACUGCUGCGUCCAGUGUCAAAGGCGCGAAGGCGGAGCGAGCUCAAGCAACAGUGAAGGAGGAUCAUAGCGGAAAGUCUGUUGGCAGCCAAGAUGGAGCUGCAACAAGAGCUUCGAGUGCGACACAAAACACACGAGAUAUCGGAUUGAACAAAGCCGCGGACCUUGCUGGCGCGCAAGCAGCGGAGAGGGCGGCGUCUGCUGGAAUGGGCAGAAAAGCCCAGAAAAAAGCUAGAAUCGAAGCGAGGAAACGAGUGCUUCAGGAGGCUGGCGUCGAGAGCGGAGAGACGAGUGGGAGCAAAGGCACCGGAAUCAGCGGGCCCCACGCAGCAGAUGAGGGAAGUGGAAAGCUCGAGACAAUGUUUGGAACUGCUGAUGCUGCUUCCGGAUCGCUAAACGAGUCGACAAAGGUGGACCGCCGAGAUAAGGAGACCAAUGGAGCUCUGAGUGAUGGCGCCCCAACGUCGUAUUUGACGCCUCUCCAAAGCUCCGCGGCAGCACAGCUGGCGGGAGCCCGAUUUCGAUCCAUCAACGAAGCGCUGUACACUUCGUCUGGAGCUGAGGCAGUGUCACUGGCCAAGGAGGAUUCAACACGCAUGCAAGAGUAUCACCGGGGCUUCAGAUCGCAAACUCAGAGCUGGCCUUUGAUACCGGUAGACGCCGUGGUGAAGAUAUUGUGCACCGCAAAGAUUGCCACCAGCUCUUGUGCUGGCAAGCACGUGCGGAAUCCUGUGGUAGUGGAUCUCGGCGCAGGUGAGGCUCCUCUAGCGAAAGCGCUAGCUAAGUUGUCCAACGAAGCCCACCAGACCUCCGGACCAGCACCUGUCGCAGCUUCGAAGAAGAAGCUGACGAACUUCUAUGGUCAUACUUGGAGCGUUCUAAGCUUUGACCUAGACACGUCACCAGAUGGCUGGGUUGUUGGUGCAAAUGUCGCUCAACACGUUCCGCUUCCAGGAGCGCAUCAUCUAGCAGAGGAUCGCGAAGGUGUACAGGAUCACGGCGACAUCCAAAGCAAGGGCAAGAAAGGCCAAAAAGGCACUCGGCGCGCCAACCCUGAGAUUGUAGACGUUGUCGUCUUUUGUCUGGCACUGAUGGGCACAGACUGGAUGGGGAUGAUUCUCGAAGCCCACAGAAUUCUGCAAGAAGGGUGAGCGAUGUUUGCGUCCACUUUGAGAUCAAGUCUGAUGUACCCACACCACCACUUUUCACACCAUCUUCUUGUCGCAGCGGAGACCUCAUCAUUGCAGAAGUCUCGUCCCGCCACACCUCGAUCGAGGAUUUCACCGACCUCAUUCGCGAAGCUGGCUUUGAGCUGAAGAAGAGUGACUCUAGCAACACACACUUUUCCCUCUUUGAAUUUUGCAAGAUCGAAAGACCAACUCAAAACAGCCCAAAAAACCGCAAAGAGCUUGCCGAGUGGAGGGACAAGUUGUGCGAGAAGGGAAGAAGGGUAUUGAAACCUUGCCUGUACAAGAGGCGGUAG